CCCCACCCGUGGUUCCGCCUGACGAUCCACUACUUCGCCACGCAUCUCGCCCCGCUCGUCUCCUGCUCCACCGGCCAGCCGCAUCCGGAUUUCCCAGCCACCAUGCUCUCGUACCAUCUCCUGACGUCGUCGCAGCUCGAUGAUCUCGCGCGCCACUUCCACCAGGUCUGGCCGCCUUCCCGGGAGACCUGGGAGUACCCUGUUGCGGUCCUGCCGUGGCUGGGCACGCCGGAGGAGAGCACCGUGGAUAUCGCGACGAAGAGGCGCAGGUUCGGCCGGUUUAUCGGGUUACGG